GGUAAAGGAGUCGGGAGGGAGGAGAAGGCACUUGGAAGCGCGAAUCAUCUCGAGCAUCCCUGUGCCGGCAGCGAGAGCCUGGGCUGGGAUGGAGCCGGGACUGAGCUCCCGUCCGGGGUAGGAGCCGUGCCGGGUUGAGCCGAUACCAGGGACCUCCCCGGGGCUGGAGCUGGCGUUAAUCGAUGAUACGGAGCGUUCCCGGGAGGAGAGCGAGCGGGACACGGCCGGGCAGCUGCAGCAUCUCCAACGCUUCUUUUCAUCCCCGAGUUUCUCUCUGGAUUUGCUGCUGGAAAUGUCUGUCCUGUUCUCCAGAUCUGCACAGCCCGGAGCCCUGCAGGGGCAGCCCAUCAUCCCUCAGAAACCUUUCCCGUGGGACCUGCCACAGCUUUCCUUCUCUCUCUCUACGGUGUCUGUGUCCCCAGCAGGAGCCUCUUGCCCUGCCUGCCUCUUUUUCUCUGCUGCACUUGCAACAAGUGAGAAAGACCAAAUGAGCAAUGAAUUAAACACUUCUCUUAGUGGCCGUCCUGGUUGGGCAGGGGUCAGAGUUUCUGCUGGCAACAGCUUUUGUUACCUGCUGCUCGUGGAUCCACUUGCAGCCCUCUCUCUCCCAUUUCAGCCCAAGUCUCUGCUGCUGCAGCAUCGCAGCAGUUUGGGGACUGCCCUGUCCCAAAACUUCUAUAAAAGACUGCCACACAAAUUUCACACACACCUCAAACUUUUGGGAGGCAAAUCGCCGAGGGUGGUCAGUCACUCUGUGCCCAGCAGUGUCGCGUGUAGCAUGUCUAGGCUGAUCUCAGCUCCCCUCGGCAAGGGGGAAUUUGGGCAGCACAGAAACACACACAGGUACCCAUCCUCCUGCUCCUUCCCUGUGGUGCUCCAGAGCUGCAGGAAGCGGAGCACUCAGCCCUGUGACUAUUUCAAACCCCUCUGGAAUGGCCCAGACAUUGGGAAGGAGAAUUGAUACCCACAGUCCCAUUCCUGCAUCUCCCCUACUUAAAGCAAGGCAGAAGGCAAAUUCCGUGGCACGUGCAGAGGGAAGCAAACAAAGCCCCCGUGUCUGUUCCUUCUGGGGGAUUUGGUUCCUUUCAUACAGAUUGACCACACCAUAGACGGUGACCACACUGUCCUAGCAAUAAACCAAACAUAGCUUAGCUUGUUUACUGCUUAGUUUACUGCUUAGUUUACUGCUUAGUUUACUGCUUAGCUACAAAAAAUCCCUAAAAGGUACUGCUCAGGAUGUGGGACAGGUAACAUCUGCAGUUGGACCCCUGCUUCUCCAGAAGCUGAUGCUGCUCUGCAGGUACUUAUGAAAGUGAAGGAAAAUAUCUUAAUUUUUAAAAAAAGACAAAACAAAAAACACACCCCACCCCCCACCCCCCAAAAUAUCUCCACCACAAUGGUACAUUUAGGGUAUUUCUCAAUGAAAAUGCAGAGAAACAGCCCAGCAAGGCUGGGAUCAGGUGCACAGCUCCCUUUCUGGGCUGCUCUUCCCUGCGGCUCCCCCCCGAGAAGCUCCUGGCACCACCUGAGCAGAAAUUCACUCCAUUCUGUUCCCUUUUAACUCCUGUUACCUGAGCUGGCACCGCUCCCAGCACUAUUUCCUACCAGUGAUUGCACAAGAGCCUGGUGUAGUAGUGGCACAGGAAAGCAGCAGAGACAUCUGACCUGUGUUAGAUCGAAAUCUCCCUGUGUGGUUGUUUGUCCUAAAGCUGCUUCAGCCAGUGCUGAGGGAGGUUCUUUCCCUUUUCACAAACUGGCCCCUAUGAUUUUUCAUCAUAAAGGUCUCAGAUCCAUUACAUAGAGAAGUGAAAUAGUUCCUUCAACAGGAAGAGCUCCCUAGGAAACAGUACACGGGCAAAUCUCAGCACAACUCAGCAGUUUUGGGAUUUUAUUUUGUGUGGUCAGUAUUUAAAAAUCUGGAGCAAAAAGGCUGUAAACCUGCACAGGAAGAUGUGCCUGAAGAACCUUCAGGCAGUGCAAUGUGUCUGGUGAGAGUCUGGGUCACUCCUCGCUGGCAGGAGAAACCUGGAAAGCCUCUGGCAGGUCGUCUCCUGUAGGCAGAAAGCUGGCCAGGAGCCACAUUCCAGCCACCCCAGUGGUGAUCCUGCUGGCCACAUGGGUGCAUCCUGAGAUUUUUUGAGGGGGCAAGUUUUGUCCUUGGUGGAUGAGGGUGGGUUUUUGUUCUUUGUAAGGACCUCUAGGCCAUGUGCUGUGUUUUGGCAGGACAUCAAUAGAAAUCUCUGCAGUCAGCUGGAAGCAGAUUUCUAACAGAUGGGUUUGGAAACUCCACAAGGAAGAGAAAUCUUUAGUAAAGGUAUUGUAGUGGUUUCACCAGCAUUAUCUGCCCCAUCUGCAAUGCAUGGAGCAGGCACAAAUCCUUCUGACCCUCUGAGAGUGUUCCCACUGUGCUGCUGGUCCUUGGGGCUGGCAGAGGGCAGGAACAAACCUGCUCCAGCCUCCAGCUCUGGGAAUUUUGGUCAUGGGAGCACCAAAUUCAGCUGCUGCUCUCAAAGCUUCACUCCAGCCUGGCAGUACUGCUGAGUGUGGUAGGAAGGGCAAAGGUUCAGUGAUUUUCUUGUCAUUUUUAGUUUUUUUUCUUUCUCAGAGAGGAACCUUUGCUGUCACUGAAUUUCCAGUCAAAUUUUGAACACCCAGAGUUCAUGUUCCUGCUCUCCAGGGAUUGGCACUGCAGGCUCAACUUAGGGCAACUUAGGGCACAGACCUGUUUAUUGGCUGUUCAUACUGGGCUGUGAAGUUGAGGGAGUUUUUCUUUCUCUGCACACCUGGCUCAGUGCUUUUUCUCCUGACAGAAAUUCAGGUGGUCUAAUUUUGUUUUUUCCCUUUUGUUGACCACACGAAAAAUCCUCCUCGAUACAAGUGAAUUGUCCCCCACUUCCUUUCCUGCAUGAGAGGAUGAACCUGGAGAACAGCAACUUUGGACAGUUCCUUUAAAUUCUGCUCUCUGGUUUGUCAGAGCAGCGUUUUCCCAUUGCAGAAUGGAGUUGGGCAGAGCUUGAAUUAAAAGGCUUUUAAAAAUAAUCUUCCAGUUUUUAGAAGACAAGUGAUUACAUACACUUAGCUGCUGGCAAAUGCACUUCCACCCUGGGCAAGAAUCUCUCAGCAGAGUGAUGACUGAAUAUUUCUGAGCUCUCCAAACAGUGGCCAGAGAAGAGCCCCUAAAGACCUGCCUUUCCAAAGAUGUUGGGGAAGUCUGACUUUGCUUUCCUCCCUUUACCAGGAAAAGCAGCACAUCUCCUCUAACUCCCUAACCUUGGGGUAAUGCUGAACAGCUGCAAGCUUUUGCAUGUGAGUCUGUGCUGGCAGAAGUUGUGAAAACUUGAGUUCUGGGGCUGAGGAGCUCCUAGGUGGCCUCCCCAGAACAUUUGCUUAACAAAUGGGCUACAGAUCACACGAUAACGUGCAGCAGGGCCGCAGGCAGCCAGAUAACCACUGCCCUCCUGGAAAAGCACCAUCGGAGACUCCUCCAGCCACGCUCUUGAUUCCAAUCUGCCUUUUCUUGGGCUGCUCCAGCGCUGACAGUGGGAGCAGCUACAGAUCUCCUGGGAAAUAAUCCCGAUGUCCCGUCUUUGCUCUCCAGAUGGGCACAACCCCAGUGCAGUCAUUACCAGGGGGCCAGCACAGACUCAUGGACCCAGCUGGAAUUCUCCACACACUCCGCUUUUUCUUCUUUGCUCCUUCUUCCCUCAUCCUGCUUUCCCAUAAAAGGGAAAAACUCUGCCCUAAAGGACUGCACUUAAAAAUGGUACAGCCCCUGAAGACCCAUGUGUGAUGGGGGAAGGAGGCGAUGGCCAUGGGGUGAAUAAAUCUGUGGUGCCCAGAGCUGUGGGAUCUGCACAGGAGCAUCUCCUGUUUCUCCUGCUCUCCCCACAACUCGAGUGAAUUCCCAGGUGAACAAAUUCCUCACUGCUCGAGUCCUCUACAGAACUCUGGGAAGCUUCCAGGGCUUAAUGUGCAGUUUUCCUUGCUCUGAAGCAGGAGAUUCUGUUACAAACUGUGCCUGUUCCCUUGUCAGACACGGAGCUCUCUGCUCACUGUCACUGUCAGCUUUAGGGCUUCUUUUUUCCCUUUAACACAUAUUUUAGCCAUGUGGUUUGCAACUGGAAAGAGCAGCUGAGUGAUAUGUGCACCAGAUCUAUCAGGCAAAGGAGGCAUUUCUGAAUAUAUAUCAGGGCAUUCUUGAAGUAUUUCUAAUUUUGGGUUAUUGCAGGGUUCUAUUGUUUGAUUUUUUUUUUUUUUCCUGGACAUGUUUUACACUUCCUACAGCAAUGAGGUCUGGCUCUUCAGAAGUAAGAGAGAGCUGUGGGUCAGGGCAACUGCUGUGGAAGCUGUUCCAGGGUUGAACAGUGAGCUGGCUGUGCACUGUGAUACUGAAAAGCUGUCUCAGAGGGACACAGAAAAAUAGGAUACACCUCUGGCUUUGUCCCGAGUGCAAGCAGGAUGAGGUGAAGGAUUCCCAAGCACCUUUAUCUUGCCCGAAGGCUGUGUUUGUUUGGCUUGAUUGCUUCCAACUGGCUGAGUGGGGCCAGGCCCUUUCCAAGAGCUGUAACUGAAGUGGAUAAUGCUUUCAUAAAGAAGGCAAAGUAAAUCUUGCUAAAUGACAAAGACAACAAAACAUUCCUGGUUGAAAUCUAGCAAUAAAUACCCUGUGUGCUGAUGAGUCUGUGUCAGGAGACCUGAGUGCCAGAGGAUCUUGUUUAAAUCAGAAUAGGCUGACUCUUUGUUAAUCGUAAUUAAAAAACAGCAAGCAGGAAUCAACAGAUGCUAAUUAGAGUUUCAUUCUUGUCUUGGACUCCCUACGAGCUGAUUCUCAGGGGUGAUUGUUCAGGUGCAGAGCAGUUCUACAGCUACUGUGCUAAGUAAACACAGUGUUAGGGGGCUGUGUUGUUGCUUUUUGUUGGGUUUUAUUUUUCUUGUUUGUUUUUAAAUUAUCUGUCACAGCACACUAAUUAAAAAUUACUUAGCUGGGAUAUGUUGGCUGUACCUACUUGUCUCAGUCCUCCUUCUCUCAUGUUUCUUCCAGUCACAGGAGGGGAGAAAUAGGCUUUCCUGCAAGUUUUAGAUGUUCUAACUGGAUUUUUGAGCUUAUAUCAGGUGUAACAUUCUUCAAGACCAAAGCUGUCUACAUCAGCUUUGUGCCUGGGAGCUGCUUCUCAGAAAUGUAAACCCCUGAAGUGGGAGUCACUUGUUAACUAAGUAAUUAACUGGAAAACCCAUUGAAUUUUAAACCUAAUUUGCAUGCAGCUAUUGUAAUUUCAUGCUAUGGUACUGGAGAACGCUUCAGUUCUUAACUGAAAAUAUUGCUUACUCACUUCAGAAGCCUCUCAGUUGCUGUUGCUACUCAAAGCAGCUCUGGCCUGUCAGCAGGAGUCGGUAGCUCAUUUCUUUGCAGAGUAAAGAAUAUAAAUAAAUUAACUAUAAAUAAAUGGACAAACCUUGAGAAGCCAGAGUGCUCCUGGAGAUUAUUAUACACUAAGUGAUACUGUCAAACUGAAACCCAGUGACAGUCCAAAGGCACAGAAUUACUGCAGGCCUUGACAUGGUAGAGCUAUUUCAUCCUGGACUGUCAGGAAACAAGACAGUGUGUUUUGGGCCUUUAAUUUAUGGAAAUCUGUCCCACCAAGCCCUGUCCAAAGCAAGGAAUGUCUUCUGGUUUUGUGCUUCUGACUUGUUUUUCCUUCCCCCUCCCCUUAAUAGCCUUAACUGCAGUUGUAGAUUGGCCUCGGUGGGAGGACAAAUCUCCCAAACAAGCCUGGAGAGAACCCUGCAGGGUCUGAUGUGAGAUAAAAGAUGUGAUCCAUUAUGGUUUGUCAGAGGACACAGAGUCCCUAAAGUGUCUCCAAGGAGCAGAGAAGGAUUCUUUCCAAACCUGCCCUACUGACCCCUAUUCCCAAAGGGCUCCUAAAGAAAGGGAUUUGCUUGGGCUGGAAUGUUUGGCCAGGUUGCUGUGUCUCCUGAACAUGACUGGGAAUAUGGAAUCCAUCUGCUGUCUUUGGCCACUUCCCACUUGGCUUCAUGGCACAGAAACCUGAGUAUUCCAGCUGGGCCCAUAAAUUCAAUUUGGACACACUUUGUGCAGCCGGAACACCGGAGAGCACAGAUUUCUGCAGGAACACCAGCCUGCUGUGCUGACAGGCAGAUGGGUGAGUUCCAGCAGGGAGGGAAUUGUUCUCCUGGACAGUGGCUGUGCCUGGGACUGAUUUCAUGGUGGGCUUCACCUCUGCCUACAAGAACUGAUGAUAACAAGGCUGCUGGGGAAAUGGAAUUCCCAUGGGGAAACUGCUGGGGAACUUUUCCUGCAAACAGGAAUUCCAAAUGGCUUUUUAAAAGUGUUCCUGUUGCCCUGAAGUGAUGUCCAGCACUAGCUGAGCUUCAGGAGAAUUAUGCUUUUCUUACAUAAUUGUGGAGGCACUGGAUUUUUACUGGAAUGCUGAGAACUGAGCACUAAAAAUGAGAAAUAUCCCACUAAAAAUCCAGCACACUCGAAUCUGGACUAAGUAGGGGAAGAGUCUAAUUUCUUGAUCUGGCUCUUAUGAAAGCUGCUCAGCAGGUUGGAAAACAAAGGAGAAUCACUGCCUUCAGUCCAAUAAUGAAAAUAUUUCAGCUGCAAUUUUGGAGGAACUGCAGCAGCUUAGCAAGCAAUACAGCAACAUCAAGCUCCUGCAACUGGGUGAGUAAAGGGCUUUAUUUCUAUGUACAGGAAUUUGUUCAGCUUAGGUGAGUGAACCUUAAAAAACUAGUGUGAGUGAUGUAAAAUCUGUGCAUUUUCACCUGUGUGCUGCCCAAAUGUCUCCACUGAGCCUCAGCUUUGGUGUGGCACGGGUUGUCUUGUGCAAGGCACACCCUGAACCCUGCACUGUUCACUGGGGCUCUUCCUGCCUGCUCUGUGCAGAUGUGGUCUGUGAGAACAGCAUCAAGAAAGUGGUCAAGGAAGUGGAAGAAAUUGUGGGAGACAAAGGCCUGAACUGCCUCAUCAACAACGCUGGCAUCAAUGUGCUUGCCUCGCUGGAGGAGGUCACAGCAGAGACCAUGCUCACCAUUUAUGAAACCAACACCGUUGCCCAGCUGAUGGUCACCAAAGCAUUCCUCCCCCUGCUGAGGAAGGCAGCACAGCUGGGCACUGGAAUGGGCUGUCACAGAGCUGCCAUCAUCAACAUGUCCUCUCUUGCUGCCUCCAUGCAGCUCGUCCAGGCAAAUGAGAUGUUCCUCAAGGUCUAUCCCUACAGGAUAGCAAAGACUGCACUGAACAUGAUCACCCGGUGUCUCGCUGCAGACUUGAAAUCGGAUGGAAUUCUCUGCAUUUCCUUGCACCCAGGCUGGCUUCAAACAGACAUGGGUGGAAACAUGGCUCCCAUGCAGGUGCAGGAGGCUAUCCCAGGUAUUCUCUCUGUUCUGGACCGUCUUGGUGAAAAAGAAAAUGGUUCUUUCCUGGACUGGCAAGGGGAAACUCUGCCGUGGUAGAAGUACACGGAACUCUACAGGAACAGCUCAUCAGUCACAAUUUAACCUUGCCACUCUUGUCUGUGUCUCUAGGGUUUUUUGACACGCUUGUUCAAAUAGCCAGUCUGACACGCAGCCUCUCUGUAGGUGUAUUUGGAAAGCAAAGUGGCUGAGUCUUUCACUUGGUAUUGCUCUGCUCUGCUCUGCACUAAUGCUUCCUGCAAACGCUAUGGUGCUCUCGGUGAUGGGCAUCUUCUGGAACCCUCUGAAAUGGAUUCAAACCUGCAACUUAUAUCCAGGGGCUGGUGGUUCCUUUUCACUUCCAAACCCAAAGUGGGCUUCUGGCUCUUUGCAGAAUUGAAUGACCUGACCUCAGAAUAAGGCCAGUGUAGGCUGUCAGACUCUAGUAUGCUCAGUUAUCUCCAGAAAGAAACUCCUUUGAUUUCCUUUGUUUCUAACUGAGCCAAGGCUGAAAUUGCCCAGCUCUAAACCAAGGCAGUUUGGUAGUUCUGUAAAUUCUGUGGCAAACUCUGAGUGUCCCCAGGUUGCCAGUGUAUACCAGGCACUUGCUUUGUUCCCAGUGGGUGACUAACAGCCUGAUAUGGGGGUGGGAAUGUUGUUUUGUACAUAAACUUCUGAAGUGUCUUCAAUAAAGUCUUGAUUAAACAGUC